AAGCCCUUCUGGCCGCACAAAAGACUGUGGAAGGAGCGCUGAGCGCAAGCGCUCUGAGUAUCUCUGACGAUAACGUCAUCACCCCGCCCCCUGGCCCAAGGAAGGAAGCGCUGCGCCUGCGCCCUGAGGACUUGCGGGACUUACUUCACGCCGCAGGCGGCGGUGACGUGAUGGCCGAGGAGGAGGGCGUGACGGAACGGACGGAAACCGAGAGGGACCUGGGGCGGAAGGGAACCCGGGCCAGGCUUGUGUUGGGUUCCUUGGCGGGGCUGGGGUUCCGAUGUGGUCCCCGGAGCGGGAGGCCCAGGCUCCGGCCGGGGGAGACCCGGCGGGCCUCCUGCCGCCCGAGUGGGAGGAGGACGAGGAGCGCAUGUCCUUCCUGUUCUCCGCCUUCAAGAGGAGUCGCGAGGUGAACAGCACCGACUGGGACAGCAAGAUGGGCUUCUGGGCGCCGUUGGUACUGAGCCACAGCCGCCGCCAAGGGGUGGUGCGCCUGCGUCUGCGGGACUUGCAGGAGGCCUUCCAACGCAAGGGCAGCGUCCCGCUCGGGCUGGCCACGGUGCUGCAGGACCUGCUGCGUCGAGGAGAGCUGCAGCGAGAAUCGGACUUCAUGGCCAGCGUGGAUAGCAGCUGGAUCUCCUGGGGGGUCGGAGUCUUCCUGCUGAAGCCCCUCAAGUGGACUCUUUCUAACAUGCUGGGGGAUAACAAAGUUCCGGCUGAGGAGGUGCUUGUGGCCGUGGAGCUGCUUAAGGAAAAGGCCGAGGAGGUAUAUCGCCUGUACCAGAACUCACCCCUCUCCUCCCACCCCGUGGUGGCCCUGUCAGAGCUGAGUACCCUGUGUGCUAACUCCUGCCCAGACGAGAGGACCUUCUACCUGGUGCUGCUGCAGCUGCAGAAGGAAAAGAGAGUCACAGUCUUGGAACAGAACGGAGAGAAGAUUGUCAAGUUUGCCCGGGGGCCACAUGCCAAGGUGUCUCCUGUCAACGACGUGGAUGUCGGGGUCUACCAGCUGAUGCAGAGUGAGCAGCUCCUCUCACGCAAGGUGGAGUCUUUAUCCCAAGAAGCUGAGAGAUGUAAAGAGGAAGCCCGCCGGGCAUGCCGAGCUGGAAAGAAGCAACUGGCACUGAGGUCUCUCAAGGCUAAGCAACGGACAGAGAAGCGCAUCGAGGCCCUGCACGCCAAGCUGGACACUGUUCAAGGCAUCCUGGACCGCAUCUAUGCCUCCCAGACAGACCAGAUGGUUUUUAAUGCCUACCAAGCUGGGGUGGGAGCCCUGAAACUCUCCAUGAAGGAUGUCACAGUGGAGAAGGCAGAGAGCCUUGUUGACCAGAUCCAGGAGCUGUGUGACACCCAGGAUGAAGUUUCUCAGACACUGGCCAGUGGGGUGACCAAUGGUUUAGAUUUUGACAGUGAGGAACUGGAGAAGGAGUUGGAUAUCCUCCUUCAGGAUACCACCAAAGAACCUUUGGACCUGCCCAACAGCCCCCAUGAGAUGCUUUAUACCAACAGUGUGCCUAACCCUAGGAUCUUGGAUGCUGAACUUGAAGCAGAACUUGAGAAAUUGUCCUUAUCAGAGGGAGGUUUGGUCCCAAGCAGUAAAUCUCCAAAAAGACAAUUGGAACCGACUCUCUAAAGCCAUUGUAGGACCUCAAGUGAAGGACCCUCAUGUAAAAGAGACAGCCUCGUGUGUGUACAUAGCUAUUUAAUGAGAAACACUGAGAAUUUGUUGGAUGAGGAGGAAAGAACCACUGAUGUGUCUGGAUGCUGCCACUCACCACAGGACAGAACAGCUUCCGGAAGCCUGCUGAAGGCGUGCUCCCAGCUGCUGUCUUGGCCCUGCCUUCUCGUCUUUAUAGUGCCACACUUUAUACAGUUGUGUUUGACCUGUCGUCUCUCAUAGCCUGCAGUUCUUGCAAUUGGCUCAGUUAGGUUUGUCUUCACCCAGCAGCUUUGUUCCAGCCAAUGAAGGUGAACGAUUUGUGACUUUGUCACAUCAAAGUCAGCCUGCUCUUCCACCCCCUGGGAUUUUAAAACAAAGAUUUAUGGUCUGCAAUGCCA